UUCAUUAAUUCUCUCUCUCAUUCUCAACGACAAUGCCAAAGUUUCAACAUAUUUUGUUCACUUUUCUGCUUCUUCUUCUUCUACUCAAUGUAAGCCAAACACUGUGCCAUACCAAAGGACUCAGACCAAGAAAUUCUGGAGGGAAGCAUCCGACAACAAAUGAGACUAGAGCCCAAUUCUCGGAAAUGCAAUUUAUGAAGUGGGUCAAAUUUGUAGGUAGUCUAAAACACUCACUUUUCAAGACAGCAAAGAACAAGCUUUUCCCUUCGUAUACUUUAACCGUGGCAAAGAACCCAGCGGCCGGAGACUUUACCAAAAUUCAAGAUGCUAUUGAUUCUCUUCCUUUCAUCAAUCUUGUCAGAGUGGUCAUCAAAGUCCAUGCAGGUGUUUACACGGAGAAGGUUAAUAUACCUCCAUUAAAAUCUUUUAUAACCAUAAAAGGAGCAGGAGCUGAUAAAACAAUAGUUCAAUGGGGAGACACCGCUCAAACUCCAGGCCCAAAGGGAAGACCUAUGGGGACAUACAGUUCUGCAACUUUUGCCGUUAAUUCUCCAUAUUUCAUUGCCAAGAACAUCACAUUCAAGAAUACAACACCAGUUCCAGCCCCAGGAGCCGUAGGAAAACAAGCAGUAGCAUUCAGAAUAUCAGCAGAUACAGCAAGUUUUUGGGGGUGUAAAUUCUUAGGAGGACAGGAUACACUGUAUGAUCAACUGGGUAGGCACUAUUAUAAGGAUUGUUAUAUUGAAGGGUCGGUUGAUUUCAUAUUUGGCAAUGGGCUUUCCCUGUUUGAGGGAUGUCACGUGCAUGCAAUAGCACAGAAUACAGGGGCCCUAACAGCACAACAAAGAAGCAGUCUAUUAGAAGACACGGGCUUCUCUUUCGUGAACUGUAAGGUCACGGGCUCUGGAGCUCUAUAUUUGGGGAGAGCUUGGGGCCCCUUCUCUCGAGUAGUCUUCGCAUACACUUACAUGGACAACAUUAUUAUUCCCAAAGGCUGGUACAAUUGGGGAGAUCCCAAUCGUGAAAUGACUGUAUUUUAUGGACAAUACAAAUGCACAGGACCAGGAGCUAACUUCGCAGGGAGAGUUCCAUGGUCAAGAGAACUCACUGAUGAGGAAGCCAAGCCUUUUAUUUCUCUUAGUUACAUUGAUGGAUCUGAAUGGAUUAAGCUAUAAUAAUUAUCAAUAUUUUAUCCAAUCUUAAUUUGUUC